GUGAAAGUGACUGAGGCGCUCUCCGCUGUUGCCUAACUGCGCUUUCUCUCCUUUGACCUAUCUAGAUUCAUCAGCUUGUCGCGAUCCUCUUGUGAUCAACAUGGAUUUAAUUGACGAUCGCGCCAUCCUUGACGACGAGGAAGAUGAUGAGUCGUUUGAUGAGGACACUGGUGAAGUGAGGCAAAAGUCGAAUGGAACAAACGGUCGAUUCGACGAUUCGUCCGAUGAGGAAGAAGACGACGAUGACGAAGAGGCUGCAGCUGAGGUUGCAAAGGGGUUCAUUGUGGAUGAGGACGAAGAGGAAGAGGAGGCUCGACGGGAGCGGAGACGCGAACGCAAGAAACGUCGUCGAGAAGAACGCGAAGAUGAAGGCCUCGACGAGGAAGACUUGGAGUUGAUCGGCUUGAAACCUGCUGAAGAAGUACCCGAGCCUAAGUUCAAGCGAUUGAAACGAGGUCCUCGUGAGGACCGAGAUGGACAACAACCCUCCGGGGUCAAUGACAUAUUCGGACACUCAGAUGAGGAAGAUGAGCCCGCCGAGUACAAUCGUCGGAGUCGCCCAGACCGUCGUGGACUGCAGGAUGAAUUUGAUGAUUUCAUUGAAGAAGACGUCUUCUCGGACGAUGAGCAACAGCGUCAGCGUGAGGACGAGGAAGUCGCACGACCCAAUCGGAGGGGCCUUCCAGAUCUCGGAAUCGCGGAUGUCGCUGGCCUCGAUGAGGCUGCGCUGGAAGACUUCCGUGCCGCCUUCGGCGACGGAACCGACUAUGACUUUGCGCUUGAAAAGGAGGACGAAGCCGACGAAGAGGAGGCAUCCAAAGAUAAGCAUCUCGACCUCAAGGAUGUCUUCGAGCCUUCACAACUCGCCGAAAAGUUGUUGACAGACGAAGACAACGCGAUCAGAUACGCGGACGAACCAGAGAGACAUCAGCUUGCGAGGAAGCCGUAUCGUCAUGUCGAACUGACAGAGGACGAAUUCAAAGAGGAAGCUGCCUGGAUAUCCAGAUUAAUGCUUCCAACCAAGAACUUCUCGUCAGAUCUUCACGAACCCUUUCGACGUGCAAUUGCACAUGUCUUGGAGUUUCUAGUGCGAGAUGACUACGAGGUCCCCUUCAUAUUUCAAAAUCGCAAAGACUACCUGCUCCACGUCGUCCAGAAGGUUGUAGGUCGAGAUGAAGACGGCAAUCCACGAACCGUUGCCGAUGCUACCAGACUCCUUGUUCAGCGUGACUUAUGGCAGAUUUUUGAGCAUGAUCUCAAAUACCGUGCUUUAAUUGAGAAGCGACAAGCUUUACAGAAGACAUACCAGGAUUUGAAAUCGGCCAAUGUUUCCGACGACAAAACAUUUCAGCAAAUGCUCCCACUGGCCGCCACGAUGGAGGAACUCCAAGACCUUCAGGACUACCUCUACUUUGAAUACGCUUCUCAGCUCAAAGACUUGGCUUUGACUUCAAAUGGAGAGUCCAAUGGAGUUAAUAUGUCUCAGAAGAAAGCCUCCACGAAGACCAUCUACGAGGAAAUUCGCACCUCCAAAGCCUUUGGUCUCGUCCGUGCAUUUGGCAUAACUGCUGACGCAUUCGCCCAAAACGUUUCCAGGGAAGGUGUUCGGACCUAUACAGAAGACCCUGCUGACGGCCCAGAACAUCUGGCAGAUACGCUCACCGACGAAGAAUUUCCCACUUCUUCUCGAGUACUGAAAGCUGCAAAGUCCAUGUUCAUUGAAGAGUUCGUCAUGAGCCCACGAUUUCGAGGAUUUCUUAGGAAAAGUGUCUAUGCCGAAGGAGUUAUUGACUGCCACCGAACUGACAAAGGUCUUCGAAAGAUCGACGAACAGCAUCCAUACUACGAAUUCAAGUACCUCAGAAACCAGGAGUUUGCGGCAUUCUGGUCUCGGCCUGAUUUGUUUCUGAAGAUGUUGAAAGCAGAAGAAGAAGGCCUGGUGAGUGUGGACGUUCGUUUCAAAAAUGCCGAGGCAUUUAAAAAGCAAUUGUUCAAACAUAUCGAGACCGACAACUACUCUACAGCUGCGGACGCCUGGAAUGCUGAGCGUCGCGAAGUUGUGUCCAUUGCAGUAGAUAAGGUGAUGAAGCUUAUGGGUCGCCUUGUCAAAGAGAAUCUCAAGGAACAGUGCGAGAAUGUUAUCGGAACAGAGUGCCGUGAGGAAUUCACUACACGCCUGGACCAAUCCCCAUACCAGCCGCGUGGCAUGAAAAAGGGUACCACACCUCGAGUACUCACACUCUCUGCUGGAGGUGGUGUACCUGGGCGUGACCCAAUUUUCUGGGCAUACGUAUCAGACGACGGCAGGGUUCUUGAGCAUGGACGCUUCAAAGAGCUUGGCCCCGGCGACCGAGAACGCAGCAUCCCUGAUGGUAAAGAUGUGGAAGCACUCAUCGAUGUGAUCCGCCGCAGAGAGCCUGAGGUCAUUGGAGUUUCAGGCUGGACCCCCGACACCCGAAAACUCUACGAAAACAUUACAAGUUUGGUCAAGAAUCAUGAUCUGCGGGGUCCAACAUUUGCGGACGAUGAUGAUCGAGACCGGACCGAGCUAUUGGAGGUUAUCCUAGUCAAUGAUGAGGUUGCGCGAAUGUAUCAGGCGAGUGAUCGAGGCAAGUCAGACCAUCCAGGACUUCCCCCUCUGGCAUUGUACUGUGUGGCUCUUGCCAAGUACAUGCAAGACCCGCUCAAAGAAUAUGCUGCACUCGGUCAAGACCUUGUCUCGCUUAGUUUCCACCCUGCUCAGAACCUUUUGCCCCAGGAGAAGCUUUUGAGCAAGCUAGAUAUGGCUCUGGUCGAUAUCGUUAACAUGGUCGGAGUGGACAUCAACGAAGCUGCCAGUGACUCAUCGGUGGCCAAUCUGCUGCCUUACGUUGCUGGCCUUGGGCCGAGGAAAGCUUCACAUGUGCUUAAGGUCAUACACUUGAACGGCGGGUAUGUCAGCACUCGUGAAGACCUUUUGGGAGUAAACGAUAAUCACCCUGCCAUGGGGUUCAAGGUCUGGAGCAAUGCCGCAUCAACGCUUCACAUACACUUUGAUACGCAGGAGCCCCAGGCUGAGUACUUGGAUGCCACUCGUGUCCACCCCGAAGAUUAUGAUAUUGCUCGAAAGAUGGCCGCCGACGCGCUUGAGCUUGAUGAAGAAGAUAUUGAAGCGGAGCGGAGUGAGGGCGGGCCCGGCGCCAUUGUUCGACGAUUGAUCCGGGAGGAGGCCCAAGAGCGUGUCAACGACCUUGUUCUCGAAGAGUACGCGGAGCAAUUGGAGAAAAAUCUCAAUUCGAAGAAACGUACGACGCUUGAAAACAUUCGAGCAGAACUAAACGAGCCAUACGAGGAACUACGAAAUCCAUUCCGCAGCACCUUGGGCGAAUCAGAGGUGUUCACAAUGCUGACUGGCGAGACGAAAGAAUCUCUGCAGAAAGGUAUGAAUGUGCCUAUCUCGCUGAAGCGUAUCAGUGAUCUCCACGUUGAGGGGAAAUUGGACAGCGGCUUAGACGCUGUCGUCGAGGAUGGUCAGUGGUCCGAUAGCGGAGUCUCACCCAAACAAUUGUACACCAUCCACCAGACCGUGCAGGCACAUAUAACAUCGAUUAAUCGCAAAGAUUUCGUGGUGACCGUCAGUCUGAGAGAAGAUCAACUAAAGAGACCAUUCAAGAGGUACACUCAGAGCGACAGGGGCUACAACGAGUGGGACGACCGGGAAGAAGCAGCAGACAGGAAACUACUUGAAGAGAAGGCAGACUCAGGGAGCCGUGUGACUCGUGUGAUCAAGCAUCCUUUGUUUAGACCAUUCAACGCUAAACAAGCAGAAGAGUACUUGGGCAGUCAGAAUCGUGGCGAUGUUGUCAUCCGCCCCUCUUCCAAAGGAAACGAUCACCUAGCUGUGACAUGGAAAGUGGCUGAUGGUAUCUUCCAGCACAUUGAUGUCUUGGAACUUGACAAAGAGAAUGAAUUCUCACUGGGAAGGACCCUGAGAAUCGGAGGUCGGUACAAUUACUCAGACUUGGACGAACUGAUCGUGUCGCACGUCAAAGCCAUGGCUCGGAAAGUGGACGAGAUGUGUGGCAAUGAGAAGUUCCAGAACAAGUCCAAGGCUCAACUCGAGGAAUGGCUUACUACCUAUACCAAUGCCAACCCCAAACGAUCCAUGUACCAGUUUUGCAUAAACAGAGAACGGCCAGGACAGUUUCACCUGGUGUUCAAGGCAGGACAGAAGGCGAAGCUUAUGGAUUGGAGUGUCCGAGUCAUUCCGCAAGGCUUUGAACUCAUGAAGACACCAUACCCUACGAUGAGAGAUUUGUGCAACGGCUUCAAGUUGAUCUUCCAGAACAUGCAGAAUUCGGCCAGUCUAAUGCCGAGGAGAUGAGACUUUGCUUCAGGAGCAGAGAAUGGUCACUGCGACAGAUGUAUGAUACCAAAUUUUGAGGCUUGGACGGCGGAGAACAAAAGAAAUGCUAUAUUUACUUUUGCCACGUUUCUGGGGCCCUUCUUGAUCCAUAUAUCGUAACGAUAUACUCCGUACAGUAGACUAUGCUUCCCAGGCGACG